UGUCACACACACACUGAGCAAGAGGGAUGCGUGUGAUUCCGCUGUUGAAUUUUUAAAGCUGUUGUGGAACUUUGCGGGGUCAGUGUGGCGAAGGGUUGCGUUACAAAGACACAAACUCCCAAGACACGCACAGAACACAGAUUCUUCUUCACGGACCGUCUGGCCCGAGCGGUCCUGAUGCCGUCGCCGUAGCAACAUGAGCAUCCACACCCAGAGAGAGAAGGAGGUCCUACGGCGGCGGGCCAGCACCCCCGCCCGCCCCACCCAGCAACAGCAGCCGCCGCCCUGCGCCCGUGAACCCUGCGGCGGCGCCAGCACCCGGCGCAGGCACCCUCCCCUGGGGCAGUCGGCGUCCUACCACCUGGGGGACACAUCCCUCCACGACCGGGCGCAGUGGAGCUCCGACUCGGAGGACGACGCCGAGCGUGUCGACAGGGUGCCGUUGCUAGGCGACCACGGCGUGGGCAAGAGCAGCCUGGCAGGAAUCUUUGCAGGAAUCGCCGACAAAGACGAUCACCCGGAAGAGGACACGUACGAGAGGACGCUGACCGUCGAUGGCAAGGAUACCACGCUGCUUAUCCUGGAUACGUGGAGCAAUGACAAACCGGACGAAGACGGGCGUGCGGGCGGCGAGGCGUGCCCGCUGCGCGACAGCGCGUACGUCGUCGUGUACUCGGUCAGCGACCGGUGCAGCUUCGAUGCGGCCGCCGAGCUUUGCGUCGCGCUGAGGCGGCGCCGAGCGGCCGCCGACGUGCCCAUCAUCCUGGUGGGCAACAAGAGCGACCUGGUGCGCUCCAGGGAGGUGGCGCUGCAAGAGGGCCGAGCGUGCGCGAUGGUGUUCGACUGCAAGUUCAUCGAGACGUCGGCGUCGCUGCAGCACAAUGUGAGCGAGCUCUUUGAGGGCGUGGUGCGCCAAAUCCGCCUGCGCCGCGCCGGCGGAUCGGAGGCGCCGCAGUUCAGACGCGGCGCGUCCCGCAAGCGCAAGGAGAGCGUCACCCAGAAAGCGCGCCGCUUUCUGGAGCGCUUGGUGGCGCGCAACAACCAGCACGCGGCCGUCAGGGUCCGAUCCAAGAGCUGCCACGACCUGGCCGUCCCCUGAGAGGCCGGCCGCCGUUCCCGGCGACCCAUCCUAACCAAAAGUUGUUUCUCCUUACGACCGGGCAUGGACGGACGGGCUGCUUCAGGCACAAUGGAGGGCGACUCUUCUGACCCUCAGGACAACUUAUGGAAGGCUUUGGACCAGGAAGUGGCUUGCUAAUGCUAACCAAUUCUUGGCAAAAUCUCACCAUGGAAUCGGGAAAUAGCCUGAUAAACACUUUGAUCACUUUUUUUUGUCUCUUUUGUAAUCUUCCAUGAACCACAAAGUACCCCGACAAUGUUAACUAGCAAAUUAAUUAAAGCUCAUAACGGACUCCAUGAACUCCCCCC